AUGUUCAGGCUGCCGAAUUACUCUGCACCGCGUAGUGAAAGCAUCGCGCUUUCGCCAUACCCCACCACGUCCAAGAGUAAUGUCUACGCCGAAGAGAAGGACCCUUUUGAUGCUCUGCGGAGAGCAAGUGCGACGAGCGAAGAGACAUACUCAGACGAAGCUUUAUCGCCCACCAGCACAUGGUCAAAUUCCACACGCCCGAACAGCAGCCCUUCACCCUACACUCCGGAAACCUCCGUACCACGAGUAAUAGCACCAACCCGUCGCCAGAUGAUCAAAUCAAAGACCUUUCCAGCUCCUGAGCGCAUCCCACGAUCUACCGGAACCACAUCAGAGAGGCUUGAAAGCAUACUCCCAGGCCUACUACCUCUAGACGAUCAAUCAAGAACACUAAGGCUCCAAGCCCCCUUCAUAUACGAGACGCAAUCACGAAACCUACCACAAUACCAACUACAACAAACCCUAGACCGAAGCAGCGGCCCAUCAACCCUCCUCAACAUCCGCCGCAUACAAACGCACGAAACACGGUCCUGUUCGGUGCCCGCAAUCUUCGCAGCGCAAGAUCGGCGCAUCCGCUACGAUGAAGAGGGGACGUUAUACACGAUUUCCGACUUUGACAUGAAGGGACGGGCCGAAAGUGCGCUGAAGGGUAGCAUCCAGCUUACGAGUGGAAAGACGCUGUGGGGCGGGCAAUGGACACGCAUCUGGCACGUCACCAGGUGCCGGGCGCGGCAUUCUCGGUGUGACUACAGGGGCAGUUGCGAGCCGGAGAAGCAUCUUUUGUUCUGCAUCAAAAAGGGCGUAUGGGAGGAUGCGGAGGGCGUAGUUGUUGGGCGGGAAGAGAGUGGGAGGGCGGGGAGUUGGGGUUGGGAUGGGCUGGCUAGGUGGAAGGGUGCAGGAUCAGAGAGGGAAAGUAGGGCGCUGGAGAUGACAGAUGCAGUCCGAAGGGACCAGAGGAAGAGCGAUCUGCUGGUUGCGUGUUGGGUGAUGAGGUUGUGGAUGGCGGGUGAGUUUGUGUGGGAUGACGAGUAG